UGCCUCUACCCACGCGCUGUGCUGGGCAAGCCUCUCGAUUUAAGGCCAGAAGGGAACAUGCUGAUAAUCUAGUCUGAACUCCUUUUAUAACACAGACCAAAAGACUUCAUUAAUUCAUGCUCCAAGUCCAAUAGCUGUUGUUGAAUUAGAAAAUAUCUUCUGUGGUAACAUCCCAUCUUGAUUUUAAAACGUUCAGUGAUGGCGAAUGCACUGCAAUUUGGAACUAAUUGAAUGGGACUUCAACCACUGGUUGAUAAAAUAGACACAAAAUGGCAUAUAGAAAAGAUGAAAUGUGGUCUGAAGGCCGAUAUGAGUAUGAAAGACUUCCAAGAGAACGACUCCCACCAAGAAUUCAUGCUGAUGCAUCAGCAAAAUUUCUCCAUUUUCAACAAACUGGAAACCAGAUAAGUUGGAACAGGGAUGACUACCAUAGAGUAGUUAAUGUUGCACCCAAGAAACCACCAUUACUAGAUAGACCUACAGAAGGAAGCUACAGUAGAUACGAUGAUUAUGGUCAUGCUGACUACAGAGACUAUGAGGAAGGCCGCAGUUUUGCCCAUGAACGAAGAAGUGGCCCACCACAUAGAGGGGAGGACCCAGGGUACAGAUGGGCACGGGAAGACUAUCCCGUAAGUCGACAGGCCGAGUACAGGGACAGCAGAGAUGGCUUCAGAAGAAAAAGCUUCUAUCCUUCUCAUUACUUAAGGGAGAGAUCCCCUCAUAAGAGGGACUCUCCUUUCUUCAGGGAAUCGCCUGUGAGCCGAAGGGAUUCUCCACACAGCAGAUCCGGCUCCAGUGUCAGCAGUAGGAGCUACUCCCCUGAAAGAAGCAAAGCCUAUUCUUUCCACCAGUCCCAGCAUAGCAGAAGUAUGUCAUCUUUACAUAAAAGAAAUAUUUCUCAGCAAGGUAAAGAGAGACCUUCAGCUCAAUCACUGAAAACAUCAAGAGAUGCAUCCCCAUCAGGUUCCACAUCAGUACCUUCUUCAAAGGUCUUGGAUAAAAGCAGCAGGCUAUCUGAAAAGGAACUUGCAGAGGCUGCAAGCAAGUGGGCAGCUGAAAAAUCAGAGAAGGCUGAUGAAAGCAAUUUACCUGAAAUUACUGAAUAUGAUGCGGGGUCCUCAGCUCCAUUAUAUGUUGAACAGACAGAAGAAACAGAGACAAAUAUAACAGAUAGUACAGAAUUGUAUGAAGACAACCAGCUUCUUGGCCGCUCAAAAGCAAUUGCAACAAAAACCAAAGAGAUUGAACAGGUUUACAGACAAGAUUGUGAAACCUUUGGCAUGGUAGUGAAGAUGCUGAUUGAUAAAGAUCCUUCAUUAGAAAAGUCCAUUCAGUUUGCCCUGAGACAAAAUUUGCAUGAGAUAGGUGAGCGAUGCAUUGAAGAACUUAAACAUUUCAUUGCUGAAUAUGAUUCUGCCCAUCAAGAGUUAGCAGAGUCCUAUAAAGAGGGAGCGUAUUAAGAACAAAAAAAAUGCUUUUAGAUUUUCCAUAUUGUAUAGGCCAUUAAUAUAUAAAUAUGCUUUUGUGGAGAAGGGGAAUACUUGUUGGAGAUUUGAACCUAAGGCCCAUAUUCCUUCAUAGUAGCUAAAAUGACUAUAGAUUGUUCAUUGUGGUCUCCAGAUCAUUUAAUUGUGUUCUUCUAAUGUGUAUUUUGUUGUGACAUUUUUCCUUCGAAAAGGAUACGUUUCAAUAAUGAUGUAAAGUGACAAACUAUUUUUGAAAGCCUUUACCCAAUUACCUAGAAAAAAAGUUUGUUCAAUGUAUGUAUACUUUUGUUUCAAUGUUUAGAAAUGUAAGUAAGCACUGCAUUUUUAUUAAAAUAACAAGCAGUACUUCCUUCCUCAGAAUAUCUUCAGAAACAUGGAUAUUCCCUUGCUCAUUCAUGCUAUAGAAAAACUUGCAAGGUUUUUCAUUGACCAUGGUUUACUUCUAUUGUUUGUUUUUGACACAUGAUUUUAAAAUUCAUGUCCAUUUGAAAAAAUAACUGGUUUGACUCCGUGAAUGCCAGAACAACUUGUUUACUUGACUUGGAGAAAGUGAUCUCUGUCCUAAUUUUAGCCCUGCUAACUGCCACUUAAUAUCUUGAGAAGCUGAGCUGUCUUCUACUCAUGUAUCAACAGUAUAAAACUAGUUUGGUAGGCUGAAUUCUGCGCUCAGUUAUAUCUGUGCAACUGAGAGCAGAAUUUUCCCUGUAGUUCAAACUUAGUUAACAGUUCUGUUUGAUAUUUAAGUAGUAUAGGGCUAACUAAAGUUUUUUUUUUUUUAAGUUUGAAAAAUAAUUCACAGAAGAGAAGCAGAUAUCAGAGGCAACCGGGGGGGGGAGGGGGGAGGAGCAGGAGACGGUGCUGGGGGCAGCCAGCUUAAAAGCCAGUUCCCCUGGCAUCAUGUCCACGUUGCUGCUUCUUCCCCCACCCCACCCUCACUCUGGCACUGCUGCCUCUAUCAGAGGCAGCAGUGCAAAGGGCUCUCGGGAGGCUGCUCCUGCAGCAGCCCCUGUCUGCGGCAGCCGGGGCUAACUGUGAACAGAGGGCUGCUCCACAGCAGCCCCUGUCCACUGGGGGGUCCCAGCUCCCCACUGAGUCCCCCCCAUGGACAGGGGCUGCUGGACCUGGUGUGAGUCUUGCUCAGUCUUGGCUCACACUGGGUCGAGGAGCUACCCCCUCUGUGGCUCUGCAAUUUAAAUGUAGUAGGAGCUGGUCUCUGGCUCCACAUUUAAACUGCAGAUUUGCAAUGGAGGGUAGCACCUUCCCUUAUCGAUUAAUUGUGUAGUUGAUGCAAAUUGUAUCUGCUACACAAUUACCUAAUUACCAGACUUUUAACAUCCUUAGUCCUACAGACAUCAUAUGUAGUCUCAUUAAUUUCAGUGGGACAACUUACAGGGCAGUAAACAAAUGCAUGAUAAUCAUUUUGUCUGUAGCUGCUGGUAUGAACUCUCACCUACUCUCCACACUGGGUUACAGAUUUCUGAUACAGGAAUUCAAUAAACACGUUUACAUCAGACUCAUGGUAUGGGUCUGGUUUGUUUUGGAGUUGGUGCCUCUAAACUGACUCUUCUGUGCUAACAAAUUUAUCCAACACAUUUCACUUCUCUCACAAAAAUUGAAACUGUUUAAGAAAUGGCCAAGUCUUUCCUCAUUUACUAUGUUUUCAGCAUUUGAAAAAUGCAGUAGUUAUUAGUUAUGAAAACUCUCGUAGCAACAUCAGUGUUAAGCAAAAGUUUGUACUCCUGUUUAGAACUCUUAAAGUUACAAGCACUGAAAAAAAUUAGGAAUAUUUGUUUAAUACAUCUUGAUAAUAAUUAUGAGGAAUACCCACCGUUCUUGUCAAGAAUGCCCAUUAUUACUGUAUUUUAAUUUCAGUAUUCUUUAUUAAGGAAUAUUUUCCUAAUACUUAAUUUGCAACAAAUUGUCUCUAAAAAGUAGAGAAUAUUGUGAGCACAUUCUGUAUUUUACAAAAAUCUGUUUAUAUAAAUCACCUUUUUCUCAAAUCAGAUUAAACCUCAGUAAUAA